CCUAAAAUGAAACAAAACAUUUGCUAAAGUCGUUGAUAUUUUACGACAAUAAGCCCCUGCCAACUUCUUUUUAGACUAGGUUAUCCUCAUGCUUUGAUUGUUGACAUCAAAGGAAGUAGCCAUUUGUUUCACUGUCGCCAUCAAUUUAUUCUUCAACACAGUCGAUCGCACAAAGGUGUUCCCGUAAUCUGAUAGAAAGGUGUGUUAACUCUCAACACUAUAAAUCUGAAAACCCUACACGAUCAUGUCGUCGGAUCGACAUGCUGCCUCCAAUUCUGCAUCUCCCCAAGACAACAAUCUAUUCCUUGAUAUAUCCAACGAGGCUCCUUUAUCUGGACAACGCAAACGCACAGGCAUCAUGGGUAGCAUUUUUUACUGCUUACUUUUGGCAAGUUAUGCCGCUUUAGCUGUAGCAGCUCCAUGGAUCUUCAGAUCCAAGCAAAAGCUGUUAUCACAGUGGCUCUGCACAUCCACCAUUAUUCUCUUAGUUGUCACAGGCAUAUUCCAACAAUACAUGGUUUAUCAAGUCAAGAAAAUCAGAUUACAGGGUUACUAUAUAUUUAGUCAAAAAUUGAAGCAUAUUAUUCGAUUACCAUUUGCCACUAUGUCAUAUGGUACUUGUGCAAUGCUACUGGUGAUGGUUUGGGAACCCCAUAUAAGUAUCCUUCCAAUUUCCAUGUUACUCAGGAUUAUCAUGGUGGCUGAAGUUAUCUUUGCUGGCUCUUUCAUGAGUAUCUAUAUCGGAAAUGUUCACCAGUAUAAUUCAUUGGACACCCAACCAGAUGUUUUGAAAUCUUUAUAUUCUCCUCUACAACAAUCAAGCUCCUUAGAAGGGUUGAGCUAUUAUGAUGGUGGUAGACUCUCUGAUCAGCAAAUGGCUUUGCUACAAUAUCAGCAAGAGAACCUUAAUUUUUUGAGUGAAGAGAUUCUGAGAUUACAAGAAUGUUUACUUAAAUAUGAAAGAUCUAGUGAUGGUGUGACACCUCAGGUUGAUCUUGCUUAUUUAUUAGCAGCUCGUGAUCAGGAACUACGAACACUUUCAUCCGAGAUGAAUCAAAUGCAAUCUGAGUUAAAACUUGCACGAUCUUUGAUAGCUGAGAGAGACUCUGAGAUCCAACGUGUACAUAUAACCAAUAAUCAGUAUGUGGAGGAGAAUGAAAGGCUACGUGGCAUACUAGGAGAAUGGAGUAGCAGAGCAGCUAAGCUUGAACGAGCUUUGGAGGUUGAGAGGAUGUCAAACAUGGAAUUACAAAAAAGGACAUCAGCACCAAAAGGAAGGAGCCCCCCCUCCUAG